UGUGCCGUAGUUUUCUUCACCUAAGUCGUCCGCCGGACAGGAUGCCGGAGAGCGACCCAGUGGUUGGCCUCUCGUGGCAACCUAAGUUGCCUAUUCUAUCUUCUUCUUCGAAGGCAGCAAAUGUUUCUCAGAGCAAAUCUCAACCCGAGGCCAGUAGUAGCGCUAUCUGGAAACCCAACUCCGAGCUUGUUGAUGGCCUCUUCGUUCCGCCCAGCGACCCCAAAAAAUUGAAUAAGUUACUCAGAAAGCAAGUUAAAGACACAGCGGGAAAAAAUUGGUUCGAUAUGCCUGCUCAAACCAUGACCCCCGAGUUGGAGAAAGAUCUGAAGCUAUUGAAGUUGAGGGGUGCCAUUGAUCCCAAACGGCACUACAAGAAGGGUGAUUCAAAAUCAAAAACGUUACCCAAAUAUUUCCAGGUGGGAACAGUUGUGGAGUCUUCAGAGGACUUCUUCUCAGCAAGAUUGACAAAGAAGGAGAGAAAGGCAACACUUGCUGAUGAGCUGCUUUCUGAUCCUGCCUUUUCAGCUUACAGGAAGCGGAAGGUUCGAGAGAUUGAAGAUGAAAAGCGACCAGGUGGAAAUAACAAGUGGAAGAUAAAGGGUCAGAAUACACGCGUGCGUGCCAAGGAAAGAAGGGUCAAGAAAAGAAGGGAUUAAUGAAUUGCCACCAUUUCGAAAUUAGACAUUAAAUGUUUCAAUGGCAUUAAAAAGAACACCAUGGUGCUCUUAUCAUGAAGCAGCACGAAAGGAUCUUAGCUCUUGAGAUUUUGUGCCCCUCCUGGGAUGGUUAAAAAGUCAAAGGUAGGGACAUGAAUAGCAAAGCAUUCCUUCUUGUACGUAGAUACAAUAGUAUUUUGGCCUCUUCAAGGUAGAUGCAAUAGUUACUGACUGCUAUGAAAAAUAUCAUAACUUAUCUGGUAUAUCGAAUUUAUUUAAACUAGGCCUACGAUGCCUGCCGUUUCUUUGGUAUUAUUUUGUCUUGCUUAA